ACGAAGACACCUAAAAUGUCAAGUGUACCGACUGUCGAUAACAUCCAAAACUUUUUUCUCGACAACCAAUGAGGACCGAUCGGGAGCAUCGACGAUGACAGCGCCCUCUGCGAUAUGACUGCUCGAGCAGCCUUGAGCCACCUCGAGCUCAGCAUACCUGAGCAUAUCUACCUGCCACACGGAAGGUCGAUCACCUUCUUCUUCUCUAGCCUCGUCGUAGCAUUCCAAAACAUUCGGUCGAGGUUCGAGGAGCUUGGAAGACGAUCGUGUUCAAGAAUCCCGAUUCCUCCGAAAGGCGAGACGCCUCCGAGGAUGAGAGUUUCGCGUAUGUUAGGCCUGACAUAAUCCACGAAUGCUCGGAGAAAGGUGGGCGUAUCUGCUGCAGGGGACAAUUCCGCGUGACAGGACCGUCCGGACGAGGAGAAUGCUGUUGAGCAUUUAGGGAGAAGGAGCUAUGGAGUCGGAGAUUUGUCGCGCGCACUUCCUCGGGGAUCCCUCCUGACCCAGCUCGAGUCGCCGCCAACCUGGGGGAGGAGUAGCCCGCCGCAAACAUGCACCAGAACAGACGUAAGAAGAAGCGAGUGAACUAUGGUGUCAGGGCGGUCGAGGUGAUUCGCGGCGCGAAGGGCUUCGGCUUCACGAUCUCGGGUCAGCAGCCGUGCAUCCUGAGCUGCAUCGUCCCGGGCAGCCCCGCGGAGAGCGCCGGUCUCCGGGCCGGGGACUACCUGGUCGCCGUGAACGGCCACAACGUCAGCAAGGUGCCGCACGACGACGUGGUGCAGCUGAUCGGGAACUCCAAGGGGGUGCUGCGACUGCAGAUAGCUGAGAAUUAUUACUCCGACUCGGAUGAGGAAGGCUUGGCCACCGUGAGAUCCAAGCCCAAGUACGCUCACAAGCCAAGGGUCGCUAAUGCAAGUGCCUUACAGCUGCAAUGCAGAGCUGCGAAGGUGGUCAGAGAUCUGCAGAGCGGAGCCAUGUUUCAUGAGUCACUGGGCAAUCUAGCGUCUGACAGUAAAGAUCAGUACAACUAUUCCGUCCUGCACUAUCGUUGGAACAUGACGAGUCCUCUUCCACCACCGCCACCACCGGUAUCUCAUAAACGUGAUUCCGAGAAGAUUGUGCAUAGAACGGUGGUCGGGUAUCUCGGCACCAUCGAUAUACCGAAUCAGUUGCAUCCGUCCUGUAUGAUGCAGGUUUUGAGAAAAUGCAUCAAGAGGCUGAAAGCUGAAAAGCGAAAUCCAACCACUGUACUUCUCACUAUUCACGUUGCCAAUAUUAAACUCACCAAUUCGGAGAACCGCGUCAUCGCCGAAUACCCGUCGUACCGAAUAAUAUUUUGUAACUCCUUCUCCGAGCAGGACAAGCAGUACUUUGGUAUAUUAACAAAAUCCAUGAAGAACACAGAGGACAUUGUCUCGAACUCGUGUCACGUCUUCACUAUUUAUUAUAAAUUAAUCGAUCACGAGGUGCAUUCCAGUGCGUGUAACGUGUUCGGAUUUACGUGUACAAAGUCAUCGGAGCUGAAUGUUUGCCAAGAAUUUCCUGACAGUUGUACGAGUCUUAUCGGUGCCAUACAGACAUUGUAUAUAUCUGAUUGCACGAAUGGAGAGAAUCCGUACAAUGAGGCGCGAAUACGACUGGAUGCCGCUUCUCCUCAACCGAGCAACGUUAGCACGUCGACUGCUCAUUCGAGCAACAGUGAUUCUGGAAUUGGUUUUAAAGAUGAUUAUGGCAGUUGUUCGGGUCAAAAUACAGUAAACGACUGCGAACGAAGAAGGCAGCAUCCUUCCAAUGUGCAAUAUAGGAAUAUAAGCGCGCGAUCGUCCAGAGAACUUGUCAAGGGUGAGGCUGCUGAGCACCGAUUGGCAGUUCGCGCGACUUCGGAAAUCAAGUGGAAUAAGGAACCAAAAUUCGAUUUUUUUAAAGGGAUGCGACACGUAACGGGGAGUGGGGAGGGUUCGACCACCACCUGCGCCAGCGGAACAUCUGCCCCUGUUGCGACUCGUAGCGCAUUGGCGGCCAGUACGUCCAUUGGAUCUCUCGCGUCGGUUUGCACUACGGCGUUGCUCGACGGCCUCGAGGACGUCGCGGAAUCGUCGAUGAAAGCGGCGUCGACGGCGAAACUACAGCGUCUUAUGGACACCACGAACAAACUCAGCCCGAAGGUCUACUGCGGCCAAGUCGGCACGAAAUUGCUGGUGCACAGCUUGGAGGAUAUCAAUUCCAGCAUGGAGUACGCGCGACCGCCCUUUUGUCAUUCGUAUUCCUCCAAGUCCGACAAGCAACCUCGUCCUUGGGGAAGCCUACAGGAAAUACGGAAUUUCGGGAGCAGCGCCUCCGACAAUUAUAUAUACGGAAGUACAGAAUCCUGUGACAAGAACAAUGACUGCAAAGGAGUGCACACGUGGGCAAAUGGAUUUGAGAAGCUGCUGGAAGAUCCAAAAGGAUUGCAAACGUUUGCUGAGUUUCUCAAGAAGGAGUUUAGUCAUGAGAAUAUAUAUUUUUGGGCUGCUUGUGAGAGAUAUAAAGAUACUAAAGACGCUGGUAUGCGCCGUCGAUUAGCCUGCCAGAUAUAUCAGCGUCAUUUAUCGAAUACAGCCGCCGAGCCAGUAAACGUUGAUAGUCAUGCAUCAGGACAGAUUACGCAAGAAUUGCUCGAUGAAGCACCCGCGGAUUUAUUUUUGCAGGCUCAGAAACAAGUAUUUAACCUAAUGAAGUUUGACAGUUACCCAAGAUUCUUGCGAUCGGAACUUUAUCGUGCUUGUUUGGAAGCAGGGAGCGCCAUAGUUGAUACAGAAGACUGUGAUUUACAUCUUACAAAUUCACCCAGUGUAAAAUUGAAAAAGAGUCACUCCGAUGCAGAAGAUCGUUGUCGGAAAUCGAUUCUUCCCUGGAAUAGAAAAAACAGAUCUAAAUCGAAGGAUCGUGGUGAAUCCGAGUACAACAAAGUCCCUAGUCGAAGUGAACCUAUAUACAAAAGUUUUACAACCAUCAAGAGGGACACGGAAGGUAAUAAUAAUGAAGACAGUGUGUCAAUCUCCAGUAGCCGGUCAUCAUUAGCGUCAUGGGAUCUGGCGUUACGGCAGUCAUUUAACAAACAUUCUCUCUCCUCUUGCGACGGUCAAACAAACGAAAAGAGAGAUGCUCGCAAAUGUACGGGAUUGUGUCGAGUAAUAUUGCCCGAUGGUUCCACUACGGUAGUGACAACUAGCCAUACCGAGAGCAUUAAAGACGUGGUUACUCGUCUUCUUGAUAAGCGAGCUCUACGAUAUUCUAAUUAUGACGUUCUGAUAUUAGCAACAGAUGAGAUGGUUGACACGAAGUGUUUUUCGUCAGUAUUAGCAGGCCAGGAAGUAGAGGUUGUCCUUACAAAAGUUCUAAAGGUAGAAUUACCCUCGCGAAGAAUAAUAAGCGUUAUCACUCACAAGGGUAAAACUCUGAAAGAAGUGUUGAGGCCUCUUCUAAAUAAAUAUGGCUUCAAUCUAGACUUAAUUAGUAUUUGGAGUGAAGGUCAUUGCGUUCCUAUGGAUAUUAUGGCCAUUAAUGCCCCUACGCGCCUUAUUGUAGUGGCAAAUGAAGAAGAUUUUCAACGAGAGUUACAUACUGCCAAGUAUUUGGACGAAGUACCACAUGUACAACCAACUCUGGAUGAAAUUACUAAUAAAGUAUUUGAAGAGUUAUUAGUUGGGAAAAGUAGAAACAAAUAUCAGUACAGCGAAGGAUCGUGUAAGUCUGAUGAUCAACGCUCUGAAGGAUCUUCCAUAUUGUCUAGUAAAUUUUUUCUACGAGAUUCGACAAUUCACGGGAAGAAGAAGGCAAAAUCUAAAUAUUGCAAUACAACUGAGAAGGGUAAUACAAAUGAUGAGGGAGCGCCUGUUAAAUCGCAACCUCCGCUUAUCGCAAAGUGGCGUAAUGGUGUAAAAUUGCAGCUUCCAGGCAGAUUCGACGGAGAUGAUUUAUACGAAGGAUUAAAAAGAGCGCAAAGAUCAAGAUUAGAAGAUCAGAGAGGGACGGAAAUUAACUUUGAGCUACCGGAUUUCUUAAAGAACAAGGAGAAUGGGAAACCGUCGGAUUCGAACAAGAUGCGAAGGAGCCGAGUGGUGUCGGCCAAUUGCGAGGGCACCACAAAGUUUUACGAUUCUAGUGAGGAUAAGCAAAGUAGCUGCAGCGGAUACGACUAUCCCAUGCACGUGACGAACGGAGUUUUGAACGAACGAUUCUCAACCUUGGUUACGGAACCUUUAAGUAAGUGCCUCGACAGCUCAUUCACUCUAGACGGUGAUAGAACAUUGGUGGACGCCGAUCAGACGAUCAUUGAGAAUUAUGCCAAUUCUCCAUCGAAGACUCCGUGCUCGGAAAGCUUCAGUAUGGACAUCUCUCGUGGGAAACUAUCGAAACCUCCGCCGUUACCGCCGAAACCUAAAAAUCUCGUCGUGAAUGUGGUGAAAAGCGGAUACAUUAUGUCACCGAAAACUCUGCAAAGGCCUAAUCAUGUGAUCGAAUGAAGCAAUCUGAAUUCCGUAGAGAGAAGAAUAUUUUCUAAUUAACGUAACGUUUAGUGUACAUCGUUUUUCAUGUGAUGCCACGAUUUCGAAUACGACAUGGUAAGAUACCUGAAUUAUACCUUUAUUAUACUUAUGAAUUAAUUAUAGAAAAGAUGACUCCUUGUGUGACAUCAAAGUUUACUGCGGACGAAAGAUAUAGGGCUAUUAUUAAGUAAUCGCAUUCUUCUAUUAUGCAUUUUCCUAUCAUAUAUUCGCAUUCCACAAUUUAGAUUUUAUCGCGAAAACUUUUUGCCCUGUUUGUGCCUUGACUCUAGAACGCUAUUGUAUAAAUGUGCCGAUCUUUUAAAAACUUUAUCUUUUAAUUAUACAUUCCUAUAUAUUGGGUCGCUUACACAUUAAGAUUAAUACAUUCGAUUUUGUUUCAUCUUUUAUUGAUUUGUAUUUUUAAUCAAUAAAAAAUGAAAUAAAUGAAUAUGAUUGUAUUUUUUAUUGUACGUAAUAUUUAUGUGUCCAUAAUAAUGACAUGUGGUGCUGAAUGAUAAUAUAGCGUUCUAGAGUUAAAUUAGAUAGUAAAACACAUAUGAUAUAUAUAUAUAUAUUUUAUAUAUAUACCGACAAUUUUUACCAUCGAAUUGUCUCUUUCGACUAGGAAAAAUAAAACAAGGAAAGUUCAGAUGAUGAUAAUUAAUGCGCUUAUUAGACAAAGAUAUAGAAACAAAUAUUAAUAAAAAGAAAUGCAUUUCAGAGGAGCAUAGCAGAAUGAAAAAUAAAACACGAUUUAUUUUGCAAUAUUUUGAGUAAAUAUUAUUAAUUAGAUAUUUUUGGAAAACAAUUGCUUCAGGAAACAAUUAUGCCCUGUAGAAUAUAGUGAAGCAUUUUAAAUAUUUAUUGCAUAGAUUACGAAAGUGUAUAUUUAAAUACUAUAUUGUACAUUUAAUUACAUUGAUAAAUGUUUAGCGAUACGAAAAUGUUUGAAAAAAAUUUGGAAAUUGAUUAAAUUCUUGAAGUAGUUCCGCUGUAUUCUACAGUAUAUUUUGAUAUAAAUUAUCGUACUUUACACACGCUGGUCAAAAAUGUGCAUAUGUCACUUUAUAACAAUGAAAAUACUCAUUAUAGAGAGAAUUAUGUAAAGCAAAUUCUCGUUAUAUAUUGUAUUGGUGGGGCACCUAUUGUGACACAUGCUAAUAUAUUGUAUUAUUUGACUAUCUGAGAGAAUUAGACGAACUAAUAAAUUUUCGAAAUUUUAUAGAAAA